UCAGGAAAGUUUAGUUUUUGUUCCUGACAUAACUAUUAAUGUAAAUUUUAUUUUCUAGAGGUCGGAACAGGAGGUUAACUCGAUAGAAAUUUAGCUCACUUUUUAAGGGCGCUACUUUUGUUUCUCUCUCUCGCCUAUAGGUGCAUAUUUUUGUUUUCUUUUACUGUUCUUAUAGUCUGUACUUGAAUUUUUACCUGUGCAAUUAAUAAGUGAAAUGAAAUCAAUGAAAAUGAAACAUUGGACCUGUCAAGAUCUCGUUAAAAAUUACAUCCGGUAGAUUUCUGUUUGUAACGGCGAGUUUGUUUUUGUCAAUAUUAUUAGUUUGCUGUCGCGAUGCGUUGUUGUUAGUGUAACUCACGAACUGCAAAGCCAACCAAAACGUUUCACUCGGGAUAGCAAAGCUUAGUCAAUGCUCUUUCAAAUGAUGUAACAACGAGUUUGAUUGGAUAAUCUUUGGUCCUACCACUUCAUAGAAAGGGAAAGGGAAAAGAGAAAGGUCCUUGCUCUUUGGUCACUUUAAGCAAUGAUAUCAAUUAAUAUCAGGGUCUGUUUCAAGAUCCUAUUCAAUGCCCCACAAUCCGCUGAAUCUGUACACUGACAGACUUAAUCAUAGACUCUCUCUGUUCCAAAGAAAGUUUUCAUGUAAAGAUUUCAUUCCCUUAUGGACCAGUCAUCACCCAACUCGAAGAAUGUAUUAUUUGAUUGGUCCGAGUGAUCUGCUUCAGCUGCACCACCCACACCACCUCGGACCAAUCAAAACACAUAUAUGGAAAGCUUACGUCGCUGCACGUUUAUCAAUGAUUGGUUCUGAAAAGCAAGUAGGCCCAGCUGUCUUUAUCCUUGCGGAAGAUGACAAGGGGACCAGUCUAUACAACCUAACAAUUUGGCAUAAAACAAAUCCAGAGGGCGCUAUUUUAACGAACUGCUCACUUGAAAUGUGACGUCAGAUGUUCAGGCUAACACGAACUGCUCCAGGUCUUGAACAACUUGCCAUCGUCGUCUGUAGAAUUAAAUCAUAAUGCGACCACUUAAAGCAUGGAGGUAGAAGGAACACGUUGCCGUGAGCUGAGAGAAGUUUUUUUCCGGAUCCAGCGGAGAUCUUCACAACUAGCCAACGUCCAAGUCCCAAAGAAAAACUGUAUACAUAUAAAUAGAUUACAAACAAAGUUUAAACUUUAUUUCAAGUUCAAGAUCCCCAUGCAUGCCGUUCAUUUCGUUGAUUCAACAAAGGAAGUCGAUUAUGAUAACAGUCGGUUAAUUGCAAAUGUAUUUUUCUACGCAGGGUAGAAAUGGAACACUAUUAAAGAGACUGGGUAAAGUUUAUGGUUUUGAAAAUCGUCCCACUAUUUAUUUAUAUCCACAUAGCUCACGUGUACAAUGUGUACAGUGCCUGUGUACAUAAGUAGUAUAGAGAAGAUCCGAACAGUAGAGGGGGGUUGUAUCUAAAGAUCACGCCUUGUUAUAACAAUACACGUACACAAGCCGUGUAGUACAUGACGACGAGAGAGUGCAGUGUUGGUUCGCAGAUUACGUCACAACCAUUGCUCUGUAAGGCAAGGUGAAAAGUACCGUACUUCAAAAAGUUCCCAUCAGUGUUUUUGGUAUAGCAGGGGUAGGUAGGGCGAGUUCUUUCUCAAUUCAAAGAUGGCACCUUCUACUGACAACGUUUCCCAUCCAUACUAUCCACUGGACCUUCAUUUACCCCAUUACGUGGAUAACUCACGCUCAGUCGAAGUAAUUCUCUCCGUUGUUGUAGCCUUCUUUGUUGUGUUUUAUUUGAUAACAUGGAUGGUGGUUGGAAAGGAUCGAUUCGGUCGCCGACUUCGGCUGGACGAGAGGGCUGUUCUAUGCUGGUUUGGAAUGAGUGGUAGCAUCCACUUGAUCCUUGAGGGAUAUCUGACGCUGAAUAGCGGUACAGUGGCAGGACACAACGAUAUUCUAGCUCAAAUAUGGAAAGAGUACGCCAAGGGGGACAGCCGAUAUGUUUCAAACGAUACGUGCACCAUUGUUUUGGAGAAUAUAACUGCAUGGCUAGAAGGUCCCGGAUGUUUCAUCACGGUGUGGGCGUUUCUCAAUAGAAGUUCGAUGCGCCACGUGAUGCAACUGGCUGUUUCGAUUGGCCAGUUUUAUGGUGUUCUCAUCUACUUCAUUACCGAGUACGUUGAGGACUUCGCCCACGGGCCGAGGUUCCACCCCUACUACUUCUGGCUGUAUGUGAUCGGGUUCAAUGCCCCCUGGGUUAUUGUCCCACCCAUCCUCAUCAGACAAUCCUGGAGGGAGUUGAACCGCGCACAGAAGGAGCUAGACAAGACCAGUGGGUAUCUAGGCCACAAAAAGAACCGCUGAUCUUGAACUUGAAGAUAAUUAUAUAAUUCAUAUGGGCCCAAUUUCAUCAAGCUUGUAAGCGCAAAAAAUAAAUGCGAAGCCCCGACCAAUCUACAAUCCCGGCCAAAAUGCUUGGGCCACCCCCUGUCCAUUCCCAUGACGGUAAACAUUCUCUCCCCCAUCCACCCCCCCCCCCCUCCCGCAACAAGGGGAACCAACAUUGAAAGUUUGCUUGAGUGUGAUUGAACUAACGACCUCUGGAUUAACGUGCCGGCGCUUUGCCAACACAUCUAUCUAUGUGGCAGUCUUCCUUUUGUUUUCGUUGUUCCGGGUGCCAGUCAGAAGCCAUACGACCGUUAGCUACCGUGUAGCAAGGGAUCCGCACACAAGUUUACAUUGCUGGAUGCUUGUUCCCCAACUCGCUUGUUGUUUGUUUCGUUUGCUUAGUUAAGAAAUGUGCUAAGCAGCAUUUUCUGCUUAGAGGUUUUAUGCGAUUGGGUCCAGGUUGUUAUGAAAGCAUGCUUAGUAUUUUGUUUAAAUUUUAAAUUAUCUAACAAAUUUGUUUAAUUAAAAGCGUCAUUAAUUUUUUUUAGAAUAGCUUUUUAGCAAUGUUUGUUUUAAUAUAAAAUAAUACUGUCCGUCCUUACCAAAGAUAGGAAUUCAUCAGGUGAAUACAUUGCAACUAUUUUAAUGUGUCAGAGAUCUUGAUUUGCAAUCAUGGUUGUCAAAAUUCAAAGACACUUUCCCUAAAGGCACUGGUCACCUUUAGUAAAUUGUCAAAGACCAGUAUUCUCACUUGGUGUAGGCCCCUAUCUUUGUGCA